CUAAAAAACUACCGAAGGAUGUUAAUCCUUGUGGCGUAUUCGCUAACAAUGAGCUUGAUUUAGAAGAAGUUGACGUGUAUGGGUUUGAUUAUGAUUACACACUGGCAUGCUACAAGCCUUGCCUUCAUGAUUUGCUGUAUAAUUUAGGUCGUGAUAGACUGAUUAAAAAAUUCAAGUAUCCUGAAAAUAUAUCAAAAUUAGAGUACAUUCCAGGAUUUGCAGUGCGUGGACUCCAUUACGAUAUAGAGAAAGGUUUGCUUUUGAAGCUCGAUUCGUUUCUUCAAAUACAGCUGGGCUCAGUUUAUCGCGGUCUUACUAAAAUUCCCGAUGCCGAAGUAUUAAAGCUCUAUAAAAAUCGCAUACUUCCUAUCGCUUAUGUUGAAGGACAAUCGAAAAACUAUCAGCCCAAUACUAAGGCAAAGAUGGUUCAGCUGGCAGAUUUGUUCUCUGUUCCGGAAAUGUGCCUUUUGUGCAACGUUGCUGAAUACUUCGAAAAAAAUCACAUCGACUACAAUCCUGAAAUACUUUUCCACGACAUAAAAUCAUCGGUGCAAUCGUGCCAUCCUGUAAUGCAUGAAAUAGUUAUGAAAAACGUUGGUGAAUAUAUCGAAAAGAACAGCAGAUUGCCGGAAUAUUUUGAAAAAUUAACUAAAGCUGGCAAAAAAUUGUUCCUAGUAACGAAUAGUCCAUUUUCAUUUGUAAACCGAGGAAUGACUCUUCUAGCUGGUGAAAAAUGGCGCGAGUAUUUUGAUGUUAUAAUAGCUCAGGCGCGAAAACCAAAAUUUUUUACAGACGAAUCACGACCAAUUAGGUUAUAUGAUGACAAGACAAAUUCACAUGUUUGGGAUCGUGUUUCAAAGCUUGAGAAAGGAAAAAUAUACUAUGAGGGUACUGUAAAACAACUCCAAGACUUAACCGGAUGGCGUGGGCAUAAUGUGUUAUACUUUGGAGACCAUCCGUACAGUGAUUUGGCGGAUGUAACAUUAGAGCAUGGAUGGAGGACUGGUGCAAUUAUAAAUGAGCUCACGCACGAAAUAGAGACUUUGAAUAAUGUUAAUUUUAAAACCAAUGCAAAUUGGCUACAAAUGUUGACACAACUCAUCGAAGAAAUUCAGGACUACGAAUGUGAGGCUGCACAGAUAUGCUUACAAAAAUGGCAAGCAGAACGAGAUAUGCUCAGGAAUCAAACAAAAAUGGUAUUUAACCAGCAGUUUGGCAGUGUAUUUCGGACGUAUCACAAUCCAACGUAUUUUUCGAGACGUCUUUUUCGCUUUGCUGAUAUAUAUACGAGUGAUAUCACAAACUUGGCAAACUAUUCUGUCUCGCACACUUUUUACCCGCGUCGUGGUGUAAUGCCCCAUGAGUACAUUUCCUACUUCAUGUAAACAUACGAGUAUUUUUUAAUAAAAAUGUUGGAAAUCCGUAGGCUGCACCACUGUGUUAUACAUAGUUUUUCAUGUUUCGAAUUUA